CGGGUUGAGCCUCGGGAGGUGGGAGGAGGCGGCGUUUCCGGCCGCUGUCGCUGUCCUGGGAGGCUGAGGCGAGAGGUAGCUGUCCGGGUGGGGAACCCGCACUACCUUCUUCCCCUUCCUCCUCCUCCGGGUGAAGGGAGCGAAGGUUGGGGCCCCUGAGCCCAUGGACCAGGAGGAGGCGGAGGCCGCCGAGAGCCGGGGCCUUGCUAUGUGGCCCUGAGCCCCGUGUACUGGUUCCGCCUGUCUGGAAGGCCAUGGAGAAGAGGCUGGGAGUCAUGCCAAGUCCUGCUUCCUGGAUUUUAUCAGGAUAUUGGCAGACAUCUGUGAAGUGGUUGAGAAGCCUGUACCUGUUUUAUACUUGCUUUUGCUUCAGUGCUCUGUGGUUGUCAACAGAUGCCAGUGAGAGCAGGUGCCAGCAGGGGAAGAUACAAUUUGGAAUUGGCCUGAGAUCUGGUGGAGAAACUCACCUCCGGCUUCUUGAAGGAACCCCCUCCCUCCAGUCAUGUUGGACUGCCUGCUGCCAGGCCUCCGCUUGCCAUGCCUUUUGGUGGCUAGAAGGGAUGUGCAUUCAAGCAGAUUGUAGCAGGCCCCAGAGCUGCCGAGCUUUUAGGACAGACUCUUCCAAUUCCAUGCUGGUGUUUUUUAAAAAGUUCCAAACUGCAGAUAUUUUGGGCUUUCCACCUGAAGAGGAUGUAGCACAUCUUCUGGGGCUAGGUUGGAGAAGGGCAUCUUGGAGGAGGCAGAGCCCACCCAGAGGUCCAUUCAGACCUGCUGUAUCUUCCAGUAACCAGGAGAGCUUAAUCAGGAAACUUCAGAAGAGAGAUAUUCGCACUGAAGAAGUAGUUACACCUGUAAUGACACAGCAUUCUAAAGCGAAUGGCUCCAAGGAACUAGCUAAUCUGACUACCAGUGGCUCUGCAGAGGUCCACAAGGCAGUUACAAUUUCCAGUCUCUUAACCACAGACCUGACUGCAGAGAUGCCUGGUUGGCCAAAGAAUGUGUCAGUGCAACCUGAGAUAUCAAAGGAUCCUGGUCCUACGCCCAGCCCUCAGCAAGUCAAAAGUUCUGGGAAUAUCCAGAUUGCUACCUCUCUGCCAGUGGCUCCCUCUUACGGUUAUGCCACUCCCGCCCCCCAGCCCUCUUUUCAGAGCACCUCAGCACCACACCCAGUUAUAAGAGAGCUGGUGGUAUCUGCUGGAGAGAGUGUACAGAUAACCCUGCCUAAGAAUGCAGUUCAAUUAAACGCAUUUGUUCUCCAAGAACCACUUCACGGAGAAACCUACACCUACGACUGGCAGCUGAUUACUCAUCCUAAAGACUACAGUGGAGAAAUGGAAGGGAAAUAUUCUAAGAUCCUCAAACUGUCCAAGCUCACUCCAGGACUGUAUGAAUUCAAAGUGAUUGUAGAGGGUCACAGUGCCCAUGGGGAAGGCUAUGUGAACGUGACAGUCAAGCCAGAGCCCCGUAAGAAUCGGCCUCCUGUUGCUAUUGUGUCACCUCAGUUCCAGGAGAUCUCUCUGCCAACUACUUCUACAGUCAUUGAUGGCAGCCAAAGCACCGAUGAUGAUAAAAUCGUCCAGUACCAUUGGGAGGAACUUAAGGGGCCUCUGAGAGAAGAGAAGAUUUCUGAAGAUACAGCCAUAUUAAAACUGAGCAAGCUCGUCCCUGGGAACUACACUUUCAGCUUGACUGUAGUAGACUCUGAUGGAGCUACCAACUCUACUACCGCAAGCCUGACCGUGAACAAAGCUGUGGAUUACCCCCCUGUUGCCAACGCAGGCCCCAACCAAGUGAUCACCCUGCCCCAAAACUCCAUCACCCUCUUUGGAAACCAGAGCACUGAUGAUCACGCCAUCACCAGCUAUGAGUGGUCGCUGAGCCCAAUCAGCAAAGGGAAGGUGGUGGAGAUGCAGGGUGUUAGAACACCAACCCUGCAGCUCUCUGCAAUGCAAGAAGGAGACUACACUUAUGAACUCACAGUGACUGACACAAUAGGACAGCAGGCCACCGCUCAAGUGACUGUUAUUGUGCAGCCCGAAAACAACAAGCCACCUCAAGCAGAUGCAGGCCCGGACAAAGAGCUGACCCUUCCUGUGGACAGCACAACCCUGGAUGGCAGCAAAAGCUCAGAUGAUCAGAAAAUUAUCUCUUAUCUCUGGGAAAAAACGCAGGGACCUGACGGGGUGCAGCUCGAGAAUGCUAACAGCAGUGUUGCCACCGUGACCGGGCUUCAAGUGGGGACCUAUGUGUUCACCUUGACUGUCAAAGAUGAGAGGAACCUGCAAAGCCAGAGCUCUGUGAAUGUCAUCGUCAAAGAAGAAAUGAACAAACCACCUACAGCCAAGAUAACUGGGAACGUGGUGAUCACCUUGCCCACAAACACAGCAGAGCUGGAUGGUUCCAAGUCCUCCGAUGAUAAGGGAAUAGUCAGCUACCUCUGGACUCGGGACGAGGGGAGCCCAGCAGCAGGCGAGGUAUUAAACCACUCUGACCAUCACCCUAUCCUCUUUCUUUCCAACCUGGUUGAGGGAACCUACACAUUUCACCUGAAAGUGACCGAUGCAAAGGGUGAGAGUGACACAGACCGGACUACUGUGGAGGUGAAACCUGAUCCCAGGAAAAACAACCUGGUGGAGAUCAUCUUGGAUGUCAACGUCAGUCAGCUAACUGAGAGGCUGAAGGGGAUGUUCAUCCGCCAGAUUGGGGUCCUCCUGGGGGUGCUGGAUUCCGACAUCAUUGUGCAAAAGAUUCAGCCGUACACGGAGCAGAGCACCAAGAUGGUCUUUUUUGUUCAAAACGAGCCUCCUCACCAGAUCUUCAAAGGCCAUGAGGUGGCAGCGGUGCUCAAGAGUGAGCUGCGGAAGCAGAAGGCAGACUUUCUUAUAUUCGGAGCCCUGGAAAUCAAUACUGUCACAUGUCAGUUGAACUGUUCUGACCAUGGCCACUGUGACUCCUUCACCAAACGCUGUAUCUGUGACCCUUUUUGGAUGGAGAAUUUCAUCAAGGUGCAGCUGAGGGACGGAGACAGCAACUGUGAGUGGAGCGUGUUGUAUGUUAUCAUUGCUACCUUUGUCAUUGUUGUUGCCUUGGGAAUCCUAUCUUGGACUGUGAUCUGUUGUUGUAAGAGGCAAAAAGGAAAACCCAAGAGGAAAAGCAAAUACAAGAUCCUGGAUGCCACAGAUCAGGAAAGCCUGGAGCUGAAGCCAACCUUGCGAGCAGGCACCAAACAGAAAGGCCCAACGCUGAGCAGUAGCCUGAUGCACUCCGAGUCAGAGCUGGACAGUGACGACGCCAUCUUCACGUGGCCAGACCGAGAUAAGGGCAGACUCCUGCAUGGUCAGAAUGGCUCUGUGCCCAACGGGCAGACCCCACUCAAGGCCAGGAGCCCACGGGAGGAGAUCCUGUAGCCACCCGGUCUGUCUGUUCAGGGCAGGGCCCAGCACGCUGCCUAGCCGGUCCUCCUACCUCCCGAGUCUGCGGACAGCUGCUCUGCCAGCAUCUGCUGGUCACUCCGCCCCAACACCCCCGGCCAGACUGCUGAGACUUGAAUCAGAGACAUUCUCCAGGAACCCCUGAAUGAAGCUGUGAAUGAAGAGGUUUCCUCUUUACACCUGUCUGGUGGGCCCCCAAGUAUCCUGACCUCAGGGCCUCUGUUUUUGCAAACCCCUCCCCUGCCCCAGGACAGACGCAGCCAGCUCCCCUGUUGGCAGCGUUGCUGUGCCCAGAGUGGGGACUGCUGUACCACCCCCCACAAACACAUCUGGGCACAGAACCAAACACCACCAGCCUCCCGGCUCCACAGAGCCCGACCGUGGGCAUGUUCUUUGUUCUCUUCUCCGGGGGAGAGUGCACCCCCUCGCUAGACCAGUAGGAAGUAGCGUCCCCUCCCUGCACCACCGAUGCUGGGAUGGUAGUGCAGAAAUGAUGUCUGGACCCCCUUAGCACUGGAGCCCCCUCCCUUGUCUGGCCCAAGAUUAGGGCAGGAUUAGCUGGUUCAGAGAUGGCAAGGGACCUCUCCGGCUGCCGGGUGCAGACUGCCCCCCACCCCGCCUCUUCCUCUGACCAGCACUUGCUGCUUUAGGGCUCAGGCCACCACUCCUGUCCCCAGAGGAGACAGCCACAGAUGGACUGGAAUGCUGUGGCAUGAGAGCGCAUGUGUGCGACCGCCCUGCUGUGGUCCCCUCUCCGUCCCUUGCAUGUGUGUGUGUUAGAGUGAGCGUGUGCGUGGCAGCUCCUCGAAGGGCUCCUGGCUGCUCACAAGGCAGCCGGACUCAGAAAGACUUUCAGAUCCUUGGAACGGAGACUUCCUGGGUCCCUCUGGCCCUGCUCCUCAGCCGUGGCACCUGGGUGUUGAGGAAUGGGCGCUUUGGGGGAGUUACUUUUUAAAAAGACACUACCGAUUUCUACUACUGCACUACUGUCUGUUGUGAGAUGAUUAAACAUCUAUUUAAUUGUG